ACAAGUGUAACAGCCCCUACGAAACCAAAUGGACACAUGACGGAAGUUACAAGGGGGAGCAAGGGUACAAGAACAUUGGACUGGAACGCGCCUUGAGGUACUAACAAGCUCUCCCUCCUCCUUCACAGUUCACACCUUCACCCUCGCACCUGGGUCCUUGUAUUUGCAGUUGCAAUUGCAGUUGCAGAGUAGUAAGUCCAAACUCCUAAACCCCUGGAUUGGAUUGGAUUGGAUUGGAUUGGAUUGGUGGGUUGUAGAAAUCUACAUAUUCUAGACAGGAAAUUGAGGAAGAAUUGAAGACGACGAUGAUUCAGCUGCAAUCCCAAGUUUCAUCAUCAUCAUCAUCUUGGCCAGUGGGCCCAAUCUCAUUUGAGGCUCCGAAAGGCCGGAUGUCUGCCUUGAAUGUACGAUCAGGAGGACGACGACGAGGAAUACGAUGUAAGGCGGUGGCGGUGGGAAUGGGGAUGGGAAUGGGGCCUUACACGGGGAGAGACCCAGAUGUGAAGAAGGCGGAAUGGCUAAGGCAGAAAGCCCCCCAGGGACACAUGUACAGGGAGGUCAAGGAGUCCUUGUCCCGUCUGAAUCUCAAGACGGUGUGCGAGGAGGCCCAGUGCCCUAACAUCGGCGAAUGUUGGAAUGGAGGUGGCGACGGCAUUUCCACUGCCACCAUCAUGCUCCUCGGAGACACCUGCACCCGCGGCUGUCGCUUCUGUGCCGUCAAGACCAGCCGGACUCCUCCACCUCCCGAUCCCAUGGAGCCUCUCCACACUGCCACCGCCGUUGCCAGCUGGGGCGUCGAUUAUAUUGUUUUAACCAGUGUCGAUCGCGAUGACCUGGCCGAUGGUGGAAGCGGACAUUUUGCUCGCACCGUCCAAGCCCUCAAGACUCUCAAGCCUGACAUCAUGGUUGAGUGUUUAACUUCCGACUUUCGCGGUGACAUGACGGCUGUACACACUCUGCUUUACUCUGGACUUGAUGUUUUUGCACACAACAUUGAGACCGUCAAACGCCUCCAGCGAAUUGUCAGAGACCCUCGCGCUGGGUAUGAGCAAAGCUUAUCUGUUCUAAGACAUGCAAAACAAAGCAAGAAGGGGAUGAUAACAAAAACUUCUAUAAUGUUGGGCCUGGGAGAAACAGACAAUGAGUUGAAGGAAACCAUGGCUGAUUUAAGGGCUAUAGAUGUUGAUAUAUUGACACUUGGACAAUAUUUACAGCCAACUCCAUUACAUUUGACUGUCAAAGAAUAUGUCGCCCCUGAGAAAUUUGUUUUCUGGAAGGAAUAUGGGGAGUCUAUUGGAUUUCGUUAUGUAGCCAGUGGCCCCUUGGUCCGGACCUCAUAUAGGGCAGGGGAACUGUUUGUUAAAACAAUGGUCAGGGAAAUGGCUAACAGCUCUACUGGUUUACCUCAGUAACUUGUGGACUUCAAUAUGGAUGGCUACUAAAACGGCAAUAAUUUGGUAGCUGCGUGAACAGCUGAAAAUAGGGCAAAGUUAUAGUUGCAAUGAGCUGAUGACCAUAAAUUGUUAGAGGGUCUGAAUUUCCAAGGUUUGCCAUAUAUAUAAAUUUUGGUUCAAUUGAGCAUGUUGAUGUGCCGCAAUCAUUUGUUUAUUAAUCAUAGUUUACUUUGGCAUUCCAGUUGCGAACACGGUUGGUGUCGGAAUGAGGAUUUUCCCAUCUUUCUGUUAACAUUUCAAUUCAGAUUAGGAGAGGAAAUAGAGUUACGUUGGUUGCAAACUUGCAAUUUCAAGUGGAUGGACGAGUACGAUGGUAGCUGCUUUGAUGAACAUUUGCAGUUGCCUUUGCUUAAAUAAAUAUGGAUAAUACUCAAUCAAUGAUAGGUUUUUGGGCCAA